AUGAAGGGUGGAUUCAUUGUUCUUGGUGUUCUGUUAAUUGCUGCAACGAUUCGUGCGGAGGAUUACAUAGACGUCUAUCUGGGAUUAAUGAAAGAAGCGAUCCAAGCAUGCGCCAAGGAAAAUGGCUACACAGACCAGAAUGCUCGAGAAAUAUUUGAUAAGGAAAUGACCUUAGGAGAGGAGAAUGCUACGUGUCUUCGUGCAUGCGUCAUGAAAAUGGGCGCCUUCAUGCACCACUCGAAGAUAAAUAAACACAACGUGAACACGUUCCUCGGAGUUGUGCACGGUGAAAAUCCGGAAUUGCUUAAGAAAUUGGAGAAAGGUGCAAGUGAAUGCAUUGAUAAAGUUGACGACAUCGCUGACGAGUGCAAAAAGGCGUACGUCUAUAUUCAAUGUUUCUUGGACAAACAUCAAUGA